ACGGCGGCGCCAGCGCCCCCAGCGCGCGGAGCGCUCGCCCUCCAGUCCGCUGGCGGCCUGGCUACGGGGCGGCGGGCGGCGGACAGCCAUGCGACAAGCAUGACCAUCCGGGUGCAGCGCCCGGACGGGAUGCAGCAAGGCGGCGAGUCGCCCGUCGAGGACGCGCCCUUCUUUUACGGUGGAAUCUCGCGGGAGACGGCAGAGUGGAUCCUGUGGGAACGCGGCUGUCAGGAUGGAUUGUUUCUGCUGCGACAGAGCGGACCGGACUAUGUCCUGUCGCUGUGCUUCCAGAAGAGCGUCCUCCAUUACCGUAUCCGUCGCUGCAGCGGAGCAGGUGGUGGAGGCUUCGGUCUUUGCGGUCUUCCUGCCGGAGGACGCCAGUUCAGAGACCCCCUGGAACUCCUGGCUUCGGGAGCCGAGGGUCUCGCGUGUCGGCCCUGCCACCCCUGCAACCGGGCCCUGGAUGCCAUGUUGCCCCCGACGCACUGGGGCCUUCCGGAUGAAGCCGUCAGGGCCUUCAUGCUGCUCAAGGCCCGUAACUGGGGCGUGGAUGAAGCCCGUCUGGACGUUUCGCCCACGAGCACGACGGGCGGCCCAGACCUCCGUUCUUUGUUGGCUAAAACGUUGCACGAAGUCCAGCCCUGGUUCCACGGACCUCUGUCACGAGCCGAAGCUGAGAGAAGGCUUCAGGACUCCGGACACAUGGAUGGAAAGUUCUUAGUGCGCGAACGGGACGACGCCAGCUAUGCCUUGUGCCUGAGUCACGGAGGCUCCGUGAAACACUACAAGAUCGACGUAGCGCCCUCGGGUGAUUUUGCUAUUCAGGAUGGACAGCAGUUUCCCAGCCUUAUGUCGUUGAUCAGCCACUACACCCUCUUCAGCGACGGCCUGUGGUGUCCGCUGACGGAAGCGUGUCCACGUCCCGGCUUCGUCGGCUCCACGGGAGGCACGCUAGGAAGGGUGGCCCCUUCGGGUGUCAGAGGUGCCCCCGGCCCCGGAGGCACCCUGCCCCACAGCGGGGGGCACCGGCACCAUUCGUCGGGCAGCGGGUCUCGUCUCCUGGGAAGCGUCCGCGCAGGAAUUCUGCAGCGUCUCGUCGCCAGCAUCUCGCCACAGACGAUGGAGCGGUCACGGACUAUGCCACGGCUUCGUAGUUCCGGCGGCGGCAACGUUGGCGGCGGCGGCGGCGGUGGAAGCAUCGGCGGCAACGCGGGGUCGUCUGAGCGGCCGCCGUCUUCUCGGUCGGAAGCCCGACUCCAGAAGGCGUCCAGCUUCGACCACCUUUUGCCCGGCUUCCUUUCCCUGCUCUUCGCGUCGCCUGACUCCGGGGAUGGAAAGGGCUCAACGAGGUCACCCCGUGAAGAUCCUCCGCCCCCGCCACGGUGGAGAGCGACGUCCACACCCGUUAGCUUCACUGGCUCUCCUCCGGCGUCCGGUAUGUCGUCGGCGAGUCCUCUGAGCGUCGGUCGCAGGUCUUCGAGGCCCGUUCCCGCACCCAGACCGUCGCUGACGAGGAGAGACGACCAGAUACCCGUGUACGCCAACCGGGAAGUCCUCGACGCACAUCGACUUCACGAAGAAGAACCUCUCGUAGAACUUGGAUCUCCUGCUACCGAAAUGCCGUGGUGCCGACGUAGCGCUUCAUCUCCCACUGUGUUGGGCCCAGGAUCACGGGAAAGCGACGCCUUGCUCCUGUCGGACCUGUCCUCGUUUCCGCAGCCCGUUCCCCUCCCGGAGCCUCGGAGUCCGUCGCCACCACUCAUAGACUUUUCCGAGUGCGACGAUGGCGGUCACUACGAAGAAAUCGAACUUGGGAGCUGCGUGGUUAGCAGUAGCAGCAGCGGAUCAGCAUCUUCACUCGUCGAAACACCAACAGCCGUUAUCGACACGGACUCCUUGAGUGUCGUCACUGCAGGGGACAAAGCGCAGACGACGAUAGAGGACAAGACAGUGGUAGCAGACGAAACUCCGCUCGAAGGCAGGCUCAGCGAGCCAGCGUCUCCCGAGCGCUACCUGCCUUCCACCGACUUAGCUGCUGGCCAAGGCAGCAGACCAUCCUUGUCAAAGGAAGAAUCUGAAUCUGCCUACAAUGCUAUGCGGCAACUUUCAACUGGUCUUACAACUUUGGACUCUAAAAGCAUAGUCCUCAAAGACAAGAUAGGUACCGGUAAUUUCGGUGAAGUGCACAGGGCACUGUUCCGAGCUGGAGCUCUGGAAGUACAGUUCGCUGUCAAGAGUCUCAAGGAAUCCCUGGUAGACCAGCAGAAAGAAGACAUCCUCAAGGAAGCACAUACCAUGGCCCAACUCGACCAUCCACACAUUGUUCGCCUUGUGGGAGUCUGUGAGAGUACGUCGUUCCUCCUAGUCAUGGAGCUGGCACCGCUUGGACCCCUGAACCGUUUCCUCAAGCUCAACAAAGACUUUCCCGUGAGGACAGUUCUGCAGCUCCUGGUUCAAGUGGCUGGCGCGAUGGAAUACCUGGAAGCUCGGCAGCUGGUGCACCGUGACCUCGCGGCUAGAAAUGUGCUCCUCGUCAACCAGGGCUUUGCCAAGGUGUCCGACUUCGGAAUGAGUCGUGCACUGGGGAUCGGUAAAGACUACUAUAAGGCAGAAGUGGCUGGAAAGUGGCCUCUCAAGUGGUAUGCCCCAGAGUGCAUCUAUUUCUUCAAGUUCAGCAUCAAGUCGGAUGUCUGGAGUUUCGGAGUUGUUCUGUGGGAAGCAUUCUCGUACGGAGAACGGCCUUAUCAGGGUUUGAUGGGGCAAGACAUCUUAGCCAUGUUUGAAAGUGAAGAACGCCUGGAACGUCCACCAGCGUGUCCUGAAGAGGUUUACGAGCUUAUGCGUCAGUGCUGGCAAUACAGGCCGGAAAGUCGUCCCAGCUUCACCGAAGUGUCUGCAGCUCUCCGUGCAGCACUCGAGAGCUGUUCCUAGUGGGGCAAAUACAUCAUUCACAACAACAACAACAACAACAACUCUCAACCGCUGUACUCCGCGGUAGGUCAACCUCCCACGAAGUCGUCGACCCACACUGGUGCGAACGGACAGUCGUGUCCCGAAGAAACGUGCGGCCCAAAAGAAACAUAACCUAUGUGUUGGUGCUUGUUCAGAGCAGCAUAGUCGGAAAACAGUUCCUAGGAAGUAAAGUCUAGUAGAUAACGUAAAGCUGUCGUCGACGUAGGCGCUCAUGCAAAUCCACAGAGGCACAAAUCACAAGCUAUGCAGAGGACUGUGUGUCGUGCGUGCCUAUAAUUACACACCUUUAGUGCUACGUGCUUUUAGCGGCAUUUAGGUUCAUGUAUUUUAGAGUUCGGUCUCGAGGGCGCAGCACUGCACAUCAAACACAGUCGGUGCUAUGAGGGACAAGGCUGCCCAAAUUAUUCUGCUCAGAUCCACAUACCUCGCGGGGGAUGUUACAAGCGGAUGGCACACCUAUCGACGGAUGCCGGGUGUGGAAUCGUAGACGUCGUACGACGCCUUGGCCGAAGAAAGCAACUAUGCACGUGAUGUGGGGGGAAUUAGGGGUGUCGUGAGGCCAAGACAGAGGUGUGUGUGGGGGGUUGGAAGCCCCCCAUAUAAUUCUCAAGGGGGAAGGAGUACCCCAGUUCAUGUUCUGGCAUUACUACCUGAAGGGAGAGAAGGAAUCUCUAGAGGCGUAUGCAUUAAUAUUUGGGUGUCCGUAGGAACGACUCGCCGCCGUGAGAAUGUUCCCACAGGACUGAUGGCGUGUGUGGUUUCUGAUGCGAGGAACGUGAGGAUAGGUGUGCUUUCAGCGGGCUUGCAGUUGCCACCACCUCACAGUAAUAAUGCCACUGAAAUGUUGCUAGCCUACGUAAAAGCGCUACGACACUUUGUGGAAGCGACGUAAAAAAUUUGCAAGAUGCGUUUAUCGUGCGUUGGCAGGCAAGACGACAAAUCCUCCAGGAUCGCAAAAAGGUUGUUUUUCAAUUUUCGUAUAUACGUACUUUGCACCUACUUGAGCAGUGCAAGUUGUACAGCUGCCAAACACUUGGCUCUGUAUCAGAAAUACAUUAAAGGAGCAACGAAAUUGCAUUUAGCAUUGCUCUAAGCACUGCUUCAUUGAUCAGGUAGCCUAUUAAAAGACAAAAUGCAAAAAAUAUUUUCACUGAACCCACUUCAAUUACGCAGGCUGUCCAUAAAAAUGCUCUUACCUUGUACAAGGAAGAGUAUAUAGCGUAAUCUUGGAAACCUCGUGUCCCUGCAUGCUCCGCAGGGGUGUUCCGUGUGCCGUCUUUGCACCCGUCAGUGGCUCUGCAAACUCGCCGAGAGAGAUUCCUACCCCUGCACGACAGCAUCCGGGACAACGGCCAAAAAAGUAGUAAAGCCACUAUGUUAUGUGUACAUAUAAAAAGGUGGAGAUAGCAUCAACCUAGGCCGCAAUAUCAUGCAGUUGUUCUGCUGUGAUAACACUGUACAUGUACAAGGAGUGUGUAUAGACAACGUUUUUAUGCGUUACGUAAAAAAAAAAAAAGAAAGAGCACAUGGCGAGAUGACGUUAGUGAGAAUAAACGAGUGAUUCUA